UUACUAUUCGAUCACUUCACAAAGACAGACAGAAGAGAGACCAAGUGACUUUCAAAUCCAAGCUAUUAUGGUUUCCUUUCAAGCAGUAAACAACUCUCCAAAUGGGAAACAAGCAGCUGCAAUUCCAGAGUUUGGGAAUUCAUCGAAGAAGAGAAAGUGUGAAGACUCAAAAGCUGAAGCAGUACUAUUUGAUAAGAGAUCAAAAGCUGCAGAAAGCACAAAAUCAAUCUUUGAUAUCGAGCUACACCUCGAGACUCCUUUGCCUUUAGAGUGGCAACAGUGCCUCGAUAUUCAGUCAGGAAAGAUUUACUUCUACAACACAAAGACCCAUAUAAGAACAACUAAGGAUCCAAGAGGGAAUCAAGAGGCUGAAAAUACUGGCGAUCAUAUGAGCUUAGACCUUGAAUUGAACUUACAAAGUGGUUCUCCUGAACGGUUCAUGGACUCUUGCAGAUACAGUAAGAAGAAUUCAGAAGGCGUAGCUCGCAGUCCGUCAUGGUUAGCAGUUGGAGGGGAUCAAGAAGAGAUGGUCGCAAGUGUGUGCUCAAGAUGCCAUAUGUUGGUGAUGAUGAGCAAGUCCUCUCCAGCGUGUCCUAACUGCAAAUUCCUGCAUCCACCAGACCAAAGCCCUCCAAGACUGUUCAAGCAAAGACUUACCCUCUUUUGCUAGUAAGGAUCAAAACCCUUGUUUCACAUAAUAGGAAACUAUCAAGGGCAACGCAUGGAGUUCCUUGUUCAGUGUUAGAAGUUAGAGAGAUAGAGAGAGAGAGAGAGAGAGACUAAAUUAUAUAAUGUGCUGACAUAUGAAAAAAAUGUACAUUAGUAGUGUUCUUAGGCAUGCAUAUAUUCCUGUUCCAGUUUAUCCAAUGUUUAUCAUGCUGCCUAUAAUAAAGAU